AUGGCGGGCACCCUGGAGGUUUUGCAGAGCCAUAAGAUCCUGACCAAGUGGCUCGAGAGCUAUGGCGCGAAAGUGGAAACCUUGGUCUCCGAAAGGACCACGAAUUUCAUGAAAGCCAAGGUCGAGAUCUCGAACCGCAUCGCCAAGGAUGUGCGUUUCUUUACGGGCAAGGGCCAGGUCAUCGCAGCACAGUCUGAGGAGGCCUUCCUCAGAUCCAUGGCGUAUCGCGCCAAAUCCGGAGAGGACGACGAAGAAGGCGCCGGAUCCGAGAGUGAGCAUGAGCAGGCCAUGGCGGGACCAAGUUCCCCUCGAACGCCCACUCCGAGAACGCCAAGGGUAGCAAUGGGAUCGCUGGCUUCCUCACUCCCAGCCCGACCCAAGACGGCGAGCAGGGCCACGAACUCCCCGCUGGCCCCGCGUGCCACCAUUUCCACCGUCAAAGCCGGCAACCGAGUACCUAGAUCAGGAAAUAUUGUUGGCCUGUAUACGCUAGGUUAUCCCGUUUCUGACGUCUAUACCAACGGAGUAUUGCAAUGUCCCACUUUGAGCAGUCAGCAGAAGGACGCUCAGGGAGGAAAGAGUCAAGAGGCAAAUGUCGAUGAAACCGUAUGCGGCGCAUCAUGA